AUGCCGGUGAUGACACACACGGGGACGAAGAACGUCCCCGGCUGCGGUACCGCUAGCAGCACGGGGGGGAGGCGUUUCGGGGAGGGGGCGCCGGCGACGACGGCCGCCGGCGGUGCCAGGCAAUCUCGCGGCGCUCCGUUUGCGCCGGCAGGAGGCGGGGGAUCCUUGCCGAUGAAGGACGGAGACUACGUAGCCGACGGGGGCCCCGUGCUUGUCGCGUGCGGACAGGGGAAGUCGAUGUACAACGUCAAGGGGUGCAUGUCCUCGUGGGUGCUCGUUGGCGGUGGCGGCGGCGAACAACCAGACGCCGUCAAAGAAAAAAUGGCAACAGCAGCCGGCCGUGGCGCCGGGGGGUGGGGCGGAGGAGGAGGGCAAGCGUCGGGCACGCUCAUCACGGGGGGGAAGGACAGCGUUCUGAGGGAGUGGGAGAUCGCGGAGGGGCGCCCGCGCCUGGUGGCCCACAUCUCGGGGCACACCGACUGGAUCUCCUGCUGCGCUCUCGUUCCCUCCGCGACCGCCGGCGUCGCCCCCUCGGUCGCGGUGUCCGGCGGGCGGGACGCGUCCGUUCGCUUCUGGCACAAGUCCGACGCCGCCGCCGCGGAGGCCGCCGCCGCCCGAGCGGCAUCGGACGCCCUGGCCAAGGAGUCCGCCCAGGGCAAGAGGAAGUCGUCGCUCCGGGCGGCGUUCGCGAGCGGUAGCCGUAGCUCCAGCGGUAGAGAUCUGGGAAGCGGGGGCGGCGGGGGCGGUGGUAUUGUGCCGCCGGGCGAUGGCGGGUGGUCGCUGGCUUCCUCCGUGGCCACGGCGCACGGGUCAUCCGAGUUCGUCACGUGCUGUGCUUCCCCCGGUGGGUCCUCGGGAGCGGCCGGGGGCUGGGUGGCGACCGGGGGCACCGAUUGGUCGGUUCGACUGUGGGACGUGGUAAAGUUCCGUGAGUUGGGCAGACUGUCCUUCAUGGGCCACAGCCACCCGGUUCGUUCGCUGGCGUGCUCCUCUGACGGGAAGCUUCUCGUCAGCGGGGGCGACGACCACAAGGUCAUCGUCUGGUCGCCUCAGAGCCGGAGACCCCUCGCCACGCUCAAGAGCCACGCCAGCGCCGUUCACGGCGUCGCCGUGGACCCGGGGACGCACUCCGGCGACGCCCCCCGCUGGAUAGCCUCGGGCGGCGGCGAGGGCUUCCUCCUUGUGUGGGACCCCCGUAACUUCGGCUCCCCGGUCGCGAUCCUCCGCGGAGAGGUGACCGCCGCCGACCCGUCCUCCUUGUCGGAGGCGUUCUCCUCCGGCAUGUCCGUCGCCGAGCGGGAAGGAGGCCUGCAGGGAGGGCUUGCCGGGGCGAGGUCGAGGGGGGAGAGCGGCCGGUGGGAGGGGGAGACCACGGGCGCCACGAUGCUGAACGCCGUGAACUGCCUCGCCGCCGGCGGCGCCGGGAGCGGCGGGGACUGGCUGUUCGCCGCCGGGGAGACGGUCGUCCGGUCUUGGCGCCGGAGGGACGGGGUCUGGCACGGCGGGGCCGGGCUCCCCGGCGAGGGGCUGGGGGGAAUCGCGAGCCUGUCGGUGAUCGAGUAA